AGGCCAUGCAGACGAGCUGUGGACAUUUCUAUUGCCAAUCUUGCUUACCAAGUCUUAUUCAGGAUCAGCAAACACUUGUGAUGGUUUGCUUGAAGGACCAAACGAGUCUUCAUCAGAACGAGGUUUUUCCAGACAAAUUUAUGCGUCGUGAAAUACUUGCUCUCGUCGUUCACUGCACUUUCAUGGAGGAUGGGUGUGUUUGGAAGGGAGAAGUGAGAUAUUUAGAGAGCCAUAUGAACUCAUGCGAGUUCCUGAAGAUACCCUGUGUACAUCCUGAGUGUGGCAUGCUAGUAAAAAAAUCUGAUCUCACUUCACAUUUGGAAAACGAAUGCAUGUUCCGACUGGAGAAGUGUACAUUUUGUCAAAGACAGAUAGUCUUGUUCAGGAUUAAGCAACACCAGGAUACAGAGUGUCCUGCAUAUCCAGUUACGUGUGAAAAAUGCAAUAAAGAUGGAAUUCUUCGAGGCAAAUUGAAAGAUCACCAGAAUCCUCUCCUGGGCGACUGUGAAGCCGCACAGGGACCAUGCCCGUUCUCUCAGAUUGGCUGCCCGAAAACGGAUGUUCUAAACCAAAAGGAAAAGAAACAGCAUUUGGAGAAGGCAAAUGCUCAACACAAUGUUCUGCUGCUUCAGUUUGCAAUUAAGAUGAGCAAAGAAUUGGAGGCCACUCUUACCCGUGACCCGCGGAUCACGUCCAGAAGCCCUCAACUUUUGACAAACCACGACAGUCUAAUCCAAGAUCUACAGAAUCAACUACAAAUCAGAGCUGACGACCUCAGAAGCCUUCAAGGUAAACUACAAGAAAAUAGUAGCCGCAUAACUACUUUGGAGCGAAAGUUGGCAUCAUGUACUGUCUCUGGGGCAGCAUCGUCGGAACAGCGAGUUCCAAAUGACGCCAGUUUAUCAAGUGAUGAGUAUACAAGGAGAGUUACAAAUAUUGAGAACAGGACCGCUGACCACGAGGUUCUUCUAGUCGAGAACAAUCGCACAAUGGAGGAAGUUAGACGUGAUGUGGGUAACAUUAGAAGGCAACUUGACACCACCCAGGAGAGCACCAGAAGGCAUGACCGAAGGAUUGAAUCUAUAGAGCACACACUGGCACUCAGAAAUGUAACACUGGCUGAUUUGGAGGAAUACGUAAAACAGCAAGAGUUCUCAAGCUACGAUGGCCAGCUUUUGUGGAGGAUUUCUGAUUAUGCUCGCAAACGAAACGACGCAGUGACGGGACAGCAAGUCUCCUUCUACAGCCCGUGUUUCUUCACUAGCCGCUAUGGCUACAAAAUGUGCGCCCGCAUUUACCUGAACGGGGAUGGAAUGGGUAGAGGAACGCACAUCUCGAUCUUCUUUGUGGUCAUGCGCGGUCAGUAUGAUGCACUUCUCCGUUGGCCAUUCAGACAGAAGGUCACCUUUAUGUUACUGGACCAGGAUAACGUGGAACACGUGAUUGACGCCUUCAGACCUGAUCCGAACAGCUCAUCCUUUCAGAGGCCAAGAAGAGAAACAAACAUCGCCAGUGGGUGUCCAAUGUUCUGCUCGCUUGCUGAGCUGAACAAUCACGCAUAUGUUCGGGACGACACCAUGUUCCUAAAAAUAAUUGUAGAUACUUCUGAUUUGUAGAUAUGAAUGUCCCCUAAAUUUAAGGAUAAAUUUACAGGGGUUUCGGCUCACCUUCUUUCUUCGAUUUCACUCGCUCAUAAUGCCUCGAACUCGUACAUUUCGCUUGCCAUUUAGGGUAGAGGGAUCACUUCUGGUAAAACGAAGAAGACAGAUGCACUCCUUCAUGCAGUACAUAUUCUGAUUUUUGUCCAGGCAUUCCACAGAGCUACCUUGCAGAAACCAGACGGUUUCUAGUUGAUGUCGGUCAACGAUCAUGAACAGAUGACAGCGUCGUGCUGCAAGUGAAGAUCACGUGAUGGUAAGUGAUAGCGUUAAAGCCAGGGUUGGUCGUUGUCGGUGGAGGCGCAUUAAAUACGUAUUCGAUACCAAGGCAUUAAGUCGGGUGCGUUUACCUGGAAAUGCGUUUUAUCCUUGGGCAAGGUUAUUUACUCCCUGUUGCCCCUCUUUUCCCAAGAGUUUUAUGGGUUUCAUAAGAACUUAAAAGUAUCCUGGCAAUGAUAACGCCAAUUAGCUAACCUGUGGUAAAUUAAAUGAGCAGGCAAUUCCGUUUCAGCGUUUGACUAAACAAAAUAUGACGACCUAGGACAGGCUGACAGCAGUGCGAGUCCUAUUAUUAGAAGUUCGUGAUCAAUUCACGCAAGUAAUAGCCAAUACAUUCUCAAUAUACCCCUUUUACUACAUGACAUGAUAACGCAUGAUGGGGUUUCAUGUUUUCAGUUAGCAGAUCCCC